AUGGCCGGGGGAAGCGGAGAAAGAUCGUUGGAGGAAACACCGACUUGGGCUGUUGCCGUAGUCUGUUUUGUUCUGGUUGCUGUUUCAAUAGUCAUCGAGCAUAUUAUCCAUCUUAUUGGAAAGUGGUUGAAGAAGAAACAUAAAAGGGCUCUAUAUGAAUCACUUGAAAAGAUCAAAACUGAGUUGAUGCUGCUGGGAUUUAUAUCCUUGCUGCUAACAGUAGGACAAGAUACAAUUUCUAAUGCAUGUAUAUCGAAGAAAAUUGGAGACACGUGGCACCCAUGCAGUAAAAAAGAAGAGGCUGAUAGCUACAAAAAGACUCAUAAAAUUGAAGAUGAAUCUCGCCGGAAACUUCUGAUGUUUGGCGGCGCAGGUGGUAAUGGCAGCAUUAGACGGGUGCUGGCUGGUGGAGGAACAGACAAAUGUGCAGAGAAGGGAAAAGUCCCGUUUAUGUCAACGUACGCCAUACAUCAGCUACAUAUUUUCAUCUUUGUUUUGGCUGUUUCUCAUGUCCUCUAUUGUAUACUCACUUUGGCUUUGGGAAGACUCAAGAUGAGAAAAUGGAAAGCAUGGGAAAAGGAAACAAGAACCCUCGAGUACCAGUAUUCACACGACCCCGAGAGAUUCAGGUUCGCUAGAGAAACAUCAUUUGGAAGAAGGCAUAUGAGCUUCUGGAGCGAAACCCCAGUUCUACUUUGGAUUGUUAGCUUUUUCAGGCAAUUUUUUAGGUCUGUACCAAAAGUUGAUUAUUUGACCCUACGACACGGAUUUAUCAUGGCUCACUUAGCACCUCAAAGUCACAACAAAUUUGAUUUUCAGAAGUAUAUAAAAAGAUCGUUGGAAGAGGACUUCAAUGUAGUAGUCGGAAUUAGUCCUCCAAUCUGGUUCUUGGCUGUGGUCUUCUUGCUCUUCAAUACACAUGGCUGGUAUUCCUAUCUAUGGCUACCCUUUAUCCCAUUGAUUAUAAUCUUGCUGGUAGGGACCAAACUACAAGUGAUAAUAACUAAAAUGGGGCUGAGAUUUCAAGAGAGAGGAGAAGUUGUUAAAGGCGUGCCUGUGGUUCAACCCGGGGAUGAUCUCUUCUGGUUCAAUCGUCCACGACUCAUUCUAUUCCUUAUCAAUUUCGUCCUAUUUCAAAAUGCAUUUCAAUUGGCAUUCUUUGCCUGGACUUGGUUUGAAUUCGGAUUGAGGUCUUGUUUCCAUGAACGUGUGGAGGAUAUAGUCAUCAGAAUAUCAAUGGGGGUUCUCAUACAGAUUCUGUGCAGCUACGUAACACUCCCACUUUAUGCCCUUGUUACUCAGAUGGGAUCGACGAUGAAACCAACCAUAUUCAACGAAAGAGUGGCCACAGCCCUAAAAAACUGGCACCACACAGCCAAAGAACACAUCAAGCAAAGCAAGAAUUUAGGCAUGGCAACACCAAUGUCAAGCAGGCCGGCUACACCGUCUCGUGGAACCUCCCCUAUCCAUCUCCUGCACUACUACAAAGGCGAAAUAGACAGUCUCCGAACAUCUCCCAGAAGAUCGAACUUUAACAUGGAUCAAUGGGAAACCGAUGGUUCACCAUCGCCAUCUCCUGCGCGUUUCCAUCAAGGUGAAGGAUCCUCGACUUCCCUCCACCAGAUUGAGCUAGGUUAUAUUGAACACGAGGUUGAGCAGCACCACGAGACGAGCUUGUCUUGGCGGGCUCCCCUGUCACAGCCACCUGAGGAGCAGCACGAGAUUAGUAUUGGCAUGCCUAAUAAGGAUUUUUCAUUUGAUAAAAGGACAAGCACAUAA